AUGGCUGCUAGGGCUUGUGUGAAAAUCUGCACUUUCUCACUUUUCUCUCUAUAUGGCUGCUCUCAAUCUGUUGUGGAUGCUGAUAUUGAUACAGCCGUUGAACAAGCUCACCUUGCUCUCUUCUUUAAUCAGACCUAUGUUCACGAGAAAGUCUAUGAUGAAUUUCUGGAGAAGGCAAAAGCACGCACCUUGAAACGAGUAGUUGGUGAUCCGUUUAAAUCAGGCACUGAACAGGGUCCUCAGUUUGGUAAAAAGGGCUACUAUAUUAAGCCCACCGUCUUCUCUUAUGUUAAGGAUGAUAUGCUGAUUGCACAGGAUGAGAUUUUUGGUCCAGUACAGUCCAUCUUAAAAUUUAAGGAUCUUGAUGAAGUGGUACGGAGAGCUAAUAGUUCUCGGUAUGGUCUAGCUGCUGGAGUAUUUUCGCAGAAUAUUGACACUGCAAACACCUUGGCACGAGCCUUGAGAGUUGGGAUGGUAUGGAUUAAUUGCUUUGAUACGUUUGAUGCUACAAUUCCUUUUGGUGGCUAUAAGAUGAGUGGUCAAGGAAGAGAAAAGGGAGAAUACGAUCUCAGGAAUUACUUGCAAGUGAAGGCAGUUGCGACAGCAUUAAAGAAUCCAACAUGGUUAUAAACAUAAUCCUCUUAAACAAUUUUUACAAAUAAAACUAAACCAUCAUGAUAUCAAAUUGCUCUAGUUUAUGAUGUUGAUGACGAUAAAUGUUGCUUUUCUUUCAAAACUUCUAUAUACA